UGCUUGUCUUCAUCUCUAUUUCAACAGAAAGCACAGGACGCGCAAGUCAGCUUAUUAACCAGAAUGUACGCGACCAAGCCGCUGUCCUUGUUCAAGAGCCACCCGGAGGCGGCGUCCCGGCCGCCGCCGGAUGGCCGGAACACCGGGUACCUCGUGGUCAAGGGUCCCGACGACGACGGCGACGACGGCGAGACGUGCUGCUGGGGCACCUGCGGCGGGACGCGCGUGCGGGACCUCCCGUUCCCGCAGAACCGCGUGCUCACCGUGCGGUACACGGAGCACCACGGCGAGAGCAGCACCACCUACGCCGACGCCGUCGUGUUCGUGCCCGUCCCCGACCAGCCCCUCGCGUCCAACCGCUACUACCCGGUCAUCGCCGCGGGCCGGCACAGGGGCCUCGUCCGGGCGUGCUCCCGCGAGGAGGACAUGGUCCCGUGCUGCUUCUGCCGGUGCGUCCGCGACGUGGAGCCUCGCCCGUUCGACCCGGCGGACAUCUACCAGCAGAUCGAGGUCGUGCCGCGCCGGCGAGGGCGGUUCACGGCGAGGGCCGUGGCCCCCGACGGCUUCCCGUACUUCCUCUACCGCAAGAGGGGCUGGCGCGUGUACACGUCCAAGCCCAGGGACUUCGACCUCGGCGAGGCCCGGGGCCUCGACGCCGCGCUCCGGUCGCGCCAGCUCUCCGACCCCAGCAUCCUGGAUGCGCUCCCGGCUCCGACGACCGACACGGCGGCUGUCGGGAAAUGGUACUCCCCGUUCUUCCUCAUCAGAGAAGCCGGCGUCGAGCCACGGGAGCAGAUGGAGCGCAGCGCGUUCUACGAGGUGACGCUGGAGCAGCGCUGGGAGCCGGUGCGCCCGGACGGCGGCGUCUCGAAGCUGGCCAGCAAGAGGGCGCUCAUCGGCGGGAGCGUGGAAGCGAAGCAGGAGGUGGGGAGCUCACGGCACGGCAACGCGUACUUGUGGUUCAGGGCGGCGGCGACGGGGCAGAGGGUCGGGGUGUGCGCGAGCGUGUGGGAGAGGAUGCGGUGGGAGGAGUACAGGGGCGGGUGGGUGGACGAGGAGGACGCCGCGAAGGUGGCCGGCGGAUCGGUGCUGGUGGAGAGGUUCGUGGUGAAGAGGCUGGAUGGCAGCGUGGUUGUGGCCUUUGACUUUGUGCAUCUCAACAAAGUCAGAGCAAAGCAGCUGUGAAUACAGAGGAUGCAUAAAAUUCACGCCAAUUCUGGCAGGGCGUCGUGUGAGGGAGAAAUGUGGAUAAAUCAUGUGCAUUGUCAGAUAUAAUGGAUGGUUUGGGGGGGGGGGGGGGGGGUCAGUUCCCUCUAUACCACUACAAAAAAUUCCAAAACCCUUAUGGCACUAGGCCCACAUGUCAUGGACGUAGAAGGGCCCAUGCGUCAUACACGCGGAUGGCAUAAAGGGAUUGUUCAGUGCAACGAGGGAAUUGCACAUAGGUUUCUUCUCUGAAUAAUCAUUAGGAUUCUGUUUGGUUCCUAGAUAUUCUGCGUGUUAGUCUUACUGUCUUAGCUUAUAGGCUUCUACAGAAACCUUUUUUUUUUUGUGUGUGUGUGUUUUGCUUAGUGCUGCUACCUGGUAAUCAUUGUAUUUUUUUUGGUAGAGCUGGUAAUCAUUUUAUUGUGUUGUUUGUAAGCAUCUGAGAGUUUUCUUAAUUAUUCCAGUUUUUUUACUUUUGUUGCUUUAAUUUC